UAUAACUUCUUAUAAAGGGAAUUAUAAAUUAUUUUAAGUUUUUAAAAUUCUUAUAAUUUGAAAUAAAUUCUUAUAAUUUAUUACAUUGGUGACAAAACUGUAAAGUGAAACAUAUAAGUGAUUACCAUAACUGGGAUACUUGGGAGGGAAGAAACCAAAGGGAAAUCAUAUCAACAAGAAAGCAUAUAUGGGGAAUGAAUGGAUUGCUGGCAAAUUCUACUUUGUGACGAAAGUGUGGAAUAUGAGUGUUAAUGUUACAUUCUUUUUUCCUCUUACUGUGCAUUUAGGUUUUAUUGCUUUCCCUACAUAUGUUAGGUUCCAGAAUAAUGAAAAUAUUUUAAAAGCAGAAAUAUUAAGUAAAUUAAUGAAUAUAAAAUUAGGCUGAAACAAUAUAUUCUUACAUGUACCAUUGUAAUUAGAGUUUUGCUGAAUAAAGAAGAAUACAACAUUACAGUAGUAAGAAAUAAGGAUAAAAUUUUAUACUUUUAAAAAUUAAUUUAAAAAAGAAAGAUAUAAGCAGGAAGUGUACAUCCACAUUCUUAAUGCUAAUCUUAAUUUGAAACAUCAGAUUUUGAACAACUAUGUUGCAAUAGACUUUUUUCUUGUUUCCAAUUUAAUUAUUCAUGAUACACAUUUCAAAUUGGCAGCAAUUAGGGAAUUUUUCAUAAAGUACAAAUAUUAAAGUAUGUAGGACUAUAGAUAUUAAGUGUAUAGGACAAUUUUUGCUACAUUUAUCCCUAAAUGAAAUAAUUAUACUCAUGUUGUUACCAUUCAAAGAUCACAAUACUAUGCAUGUGCGCGGCAUAUGUGUUGGGGAAAAUAUUUUUUUACUGUUAAUUUUUUUACUGUAUUAGAGAAGAAAACAGAAAUAUAACUGUUAAGCUAUAAAACAUAUUUAGUGUAAUCUUUGAGUGUGCUUGUGUAUAUGUAGUAUUACUUUGACUGCUAUGAUAGAAUAACCCAGAUUUAGUGACAGUAGCUGAGAUUGUAAAUAAGCAGUUGAGAGAAUUUUGCCUGCUAAUGAUACUAUUAAAAGAUAAAAUACAGCUUGUAUGCUAUAUAAUUGUAUAGAGGAUUUGUAUAUAUGAAGUUCAUAUGAAAGUGCAGUGAAAAUUAAACAGCCCAAAGGAGAAUACUCUUUGUUGUAGGGCAUUUUUGUCAUGAUUUUCAGAAUGUGGUAAAAGAAAAAAAAUAGUCAGUAAAUCAUUGGAAAUACAUUGGUUUUAACUUAUUCUUAAUGAAAUACUGUCUGAGGAUCUUUGUCUGUGCCUGAUGCUGAGAAUAAUAUAAGAAACAAGUUCAUGAGCCCAUCACCCUGAAACGUAGCACUUAGAAAACACGAUUGAAGUCACACUUAUAGAAGAGUAUGGCCCCUUUUAGCUGACAUUAUCAUCAUCAUCAAUCAUCAUCUACAUCUAUCUCAUUAAAUGAUUUAUUUUUGAAAUGCUUACAUACAUAAUUUGGAUAAUAUCUAAUAAAUUUUUAAAAGAUUAUCAUUGUGGGAAAGUUACAUUAGAAAACAGAAAAUUUCAAGUUGAGCCAAAUACAUUUAGAUUUAGAAAUUAGGUAUAGUUUAGUUUAAAAUACAUUGCUUAAGCAAAUCAUUAUAGAUAACCUUAAACUGAUCUUAGGAACACUAUAAGAAAGAUUUAGUUGUGGUGUUAAUAAAAUUCCUUAAUUAGAAAGAUAAAUAAGCCACUUCAUGAUCAAGCUCUUACUUCUAAAGUGAAGAUUUUAUUUUAUUUAUUUGUAAACCUUUCCACAUUUUAUUGACAAAGGAUUAAUAGUAUAAAUUAUGUUUCUAUUGCAAAGUUUAUUUAUGGAAAUUUGAUACGUGUACUUCUACUCCUUUUUACACCUUACAUGAAUAUUUAAAUAAUUGAUUUAUAACACUCCCUGAUGCCAGGUAAAGCAAAUACUAAUCGCAGUUCAGAAACUCACAUGUACAACAAAUUUAACUUCCUGGAUAUUUUUAAGACUCAGCUUAAUUUCCAUAGGUGCUCCAUUAACCUGAUGGCAGAAAUUAAAUCUUAGGCAACUCUGGGUUCUCCCACAAGCACACUUUGCUUCAGAGUUGUGCUGAAGUUUUGAGGAGAAUGGGAGGAGGCAAGGUGGUGUCCAGUCCUUUGUGCAUCUAUCCUCUGGCAUUCUCCCAUCCUGCCCCAGGUCAUCGGCCCACACAGGUUGCUGGCACAUCUAAAGUGAGAAUUUUAGAAUAAAUCAAAUAGUAGUAAGCCCUCAAAUCUUCUAUAUCUCACCUUAUAGUGAGGAAGUUUGAAGGCACAGAGCUCCACUUCUGCUAAUAAAAAAAAGUAAAAUUUAAUUUGUAAAAUAGAAUGGUGUAGCUAAGGUUGAGGUGCUAUAAUUUAUUUAUUGGAAUGGAAUUUUGAGAUCCAGCACAGCUCAUUGAAUUUCCCUGUGGGGAGAGUUUGUGGUGAAGACUCAUCAACAGACAACCUGCUAACCCCCCCAAAAAAAAGAAAAAAAAAAAAAGAAAAACAAGCUACUAACAUCACAUCAAUUUGUAGGUUCUUCCAACUUGUGGAGGAAUGUGUAGACCAAGAUUUUAUUCUAUUUUGUGACCAAAGUCUUGGGAAAAGAAGAAAAUUGUUAGCAUUUUCAUGUCAAGCAUACAAAAAACAAAAAAACAAAACCAACCAACCAAACAAAGAAUCCAAUUUUUUAAAAAAACUUAGUAGUAACAGUACUUUGUCCUGCUUCUCCAUAGAUAAUGAUUUAUAGAAGGAGAACAAAACAUUAUUUCUGCUACUAAAACAAUAAGAGUAAAAAAUAAAUAAUCAAUAUUGAGAAUCCAAUAGACAGAGUUAACAACCAGUUACACACAGGAGAAGACAGAAUUAGUGAAUUAGAAGACAACUACAGAGAAUGAAGCCCAAAGAGACCACAAGACAAAGAAUGCAAAGCUAAGAGGAUAAGAGGCAUUGAUGCUACAAUCAGAGCAUCUAACAUACUUCUGGAUUUCUGGAAGAUUAAAAGGGAGAAAAUAGGGCAGAAUCAAUGUUGUGGAGAUUUUCCCAAAAGUGAUAAAAUGUAUUAAUCCAUAUAUUUUUAGUAACCAUCAAAGGUCAGACAAGAUAACUAAAAACAAAUUAACAUAAAAUGUCACAAGACAUCAAAGACCAAUAGAAAAUCUGAAAAGUAGCCAGAGGAAAAGAUAAUUUUAAAAGGAAAAACUUUCUAAAUGACAACCUGAUUUUCAACAGAAAAAUGGAAAGUAGAAUUCAAUGGAAUCAUGUCUUCAGUGUGUUUCAAAAGAAUAGAGGACCUUCAUGAACAGAAAUCCAAAUGAUAUUUUUCAGAUAAAAAAUAUUGAAAAUACAAGGUUAAGCAUGCAACAAGGAAUAAAAAUUAACAGAAAUGAUAAACACGUGCAUAAUUCUAAAUGAAAGUUGACUGAAUAAAAUAAUAGCAUCUUGUUGAGUUAAAUAUAUCGUUGAUAAGAUAUAUGCAAAUAGCGAUAAAGAGACUAGAGGUAAAGGUGACAGGAACAAAUUUAGUUAAAUUAUUUUUUGCACUUUUCUAUGUCUGUGAGGAUAAUUUGAACACCACAUUUAAUGACCCUGUAAUAGAAAUUGCAUCAAAUAAUAUGUGAAAUAAUGCUCAUAGUAGAGUUAUUCAUAAUAGCUCAAAAAUAGACUGCCCAAAUAUAUAUUAACUAAGGAUGAUUGAAUGACAUGAAAGAUUACAGUAAAUCCAUACAGUGGAGCAGUAUAGAGAGGUGAAAAGAAAUUAAUCACAUGUAUAUGCAACUAUGUAACUAAAUUUCAGAAACAUGAUGUCUAGUGCAAGAAGCCAUGAACAAGAAGAACACACAGGACUGCACCUAUACACAGUUGAAAGUAGGACAGACCAAGCUGUGGUUUAGGAUUUCAAACCUAGUUGGUAAAGUAUAAAGAAAUUCAAGCAAAUGAUCAUCAUAGAUUAUGAAUAUUGCUUAUCUCAGGAGAUGUGAAUAAAGGUUUGGGAGCUUGGAAAGUGGCCUGGAAGUGGACCUAGUCUGUUUGCAGUGUUCCAUGUCUUACCCUGCAUGAUGGUUACAUAAGUGUUUAUGAUACAUUGCUCUUUCCUAUUUUUGUUUUGGCCCAUUUCUAAGUGUGCAUUAUAAUUUUGUUUAAAUAAAAAAAUUUUAUUAAAAAAUAUAUAAUUAAAAAAAAAAUUACGAGAAAUGUCAUGUAAAAAUUAUUAAUUGCUCUGCUCAUUAUAUACCUAGGGGGAAAAUCCACCAUUUAUGUACAUUCUUAUACAACUCAUGAGAGCUAAAGUGAAUUCUUAUUUUAGUUGUGAAAUGGAGAAAUUUGAGAUGCUGUUACCUACAGCCCCCAAAUCUUUCCAAAAGUUUUCUUCUAGUUUUAGAUAUUCACCUCAUAUUACAAAAACUUUGAUAUUUCCACCCUAUUUUUCCUUUGGCUCCUGAAUUUCUGAUACAACAAGAGUGCACAUCUCUCUCACACUCUUGUUUUAGCAGAGUAUCUAUAUCACUUAGCUUUUUCUGCAAAAGAAACUUCUCCAAAACCACGUUAGAUAUUUAUAUCUUGCAUGUUUUUGGAUUCUGUUUUCUUAAGCUGAGGUUUGGUGGAUGGCUCUGGUGAUUUGAGAUGGUCCAAGUUUUGCCUCUUGGAUCUAGUUAGAGUUUGGCUGAUUUAAGGCUGGAUCAGGCAGGGGCGAUGUGAUUCCAUGAGUUACUCAUUCUCAUUCUGGGAACAGUGUGUUAGUGUGGACAUGUUCACAUGAUAAGCAGAAAAGAGCAAGAAAGCCUAAUGUGGAAGCCAUCUCAAAUUUCGAUAUAAAGUGUAGUAAUUUUCUGUUCAUCAAAGCAAAUUACAUGAUCGAACUCAGAGCCCUAGUGCAAGGUUGUCACUAUACCUGUGGUGGGAGGAUACUGCAAAAUUAUGAGACAAAGAUCUGGUACUCAGGAAUAUUUACAAGGUUGCAAGUAGCAUUACCAAAAGCCUAAGUAUGAGAGAUAUGUUUCAUGAAUAUUAUUUAUUGGCUGAAAAUCUGGCAUGGGAAAAAUAGGACUAAUUCCACCAGGACGAGCUCCUGGAAACUCAUUUUCCAUGUCAUACAUUAUAAGAAAACAAUUCCUUUCAUCCUUGAAGAGUGAAAGUGUGUGUGUCUAUGUGUGUGUGUUUAUGAGCUUGUUAAUAGUGAUGCCAUACAAAAAUGUUGGUUAACAGCAACCAAAUUAUAAGGAGAAUUGGCAUUCCUGUGAUUUCCAAGAAAAUCUUGGGUGAUUUUGUUAAAAAGUUUAGAUUCUGUGUAUUUAAAUCUGGCAUUAAAAAUAAAUCCAUAGUGAUUUUGAUCCUAGAUAUGACCAGGCUCUUUUAACAAUCUAAAUAUUUGCUGUGUCAUCUAUGUACUGGGUAUUAAAAUUUCCCUGACAACUGAAGGGCUGAACACAAAUUAUGGAAAGGUGAAACAAGGAAAAAAUUGCAAAGCAAUGAAAGAAGAUAUGUCUUUAUUUGAAUGCUAGCAAAUGAGAAUUCAGCUUUCCCUUCAACAUCAGUAUGAAAAAUUUCAGCCUAUAGCAAGAACAGAGACUGCAUGAAUAAGAAUAAAUUUGAGUUGUUUUGGGACUAACAAUAUUUCCCAUAAAGGUAGCAUUGAACUCAUUCAUUAGUGUAAGUUGGUGCUUUUCUGUUGACAUUGUUCACAGAAUUUAAAAGUAUAAAGAAUGUUAUUGAACAUUCAGGAAUCAAGUGCAUAUUUAAUUUAAAGUCUGAAUAUCAGAGGAGUCACAACCAGUGACAUUAGGCCUGAAUUUUUUACUUGCUUUUUUGUUUAGACAUGAUGAGUUUUCUACACAUUGUUUUUUCCAUUCUAGUACUGGUUGCAUUUAUUCUUGGAAAUUUUGCCAAUGGCUUUAUAGCACUGACAAAUUUCAUUGCCUGGGUCAAGAGACAAAAGAUCUCCUCAGCUGAUCAAAUUAUUGCUGCUCUGGCGGUCUCCAGAGUUGGUUUGCUCUGGGUAAUAUUAUUACAUUGGUACUCAACUGUGUUGAAUCCGACUUCAUCUAGUUUAAAAGUAACAAUUUUUGUUUCUAAUGCCUGGGCAGUAACCAAUCAUUUCAGCAUCUGGCUUGCUACUAGCCUCAGCAUAUUUUAUUUGCGCAAGAUCGUCAAUUUCUCCAGACUUAUUUUUCAUCACUUAAAAAGGAAGGCUAAGAGUGUAGUUCUGGUGAUAGUGUCGGGGGCUUUGUUCUUUUUGGUUUGUCACCUUGUGAUGGAAAACACAUAUAUAAAUGUGUGGACAAAAGAAUAUGAAGGAAACGUAACUUGGAAGAUCAAAUUGAGGAAUGCAAUGUACCUUUCCAACUUGACUGUAGCCACUCUAGCAAACUUGAUACCAUUCACCCUAACCCUGAUAUCUGUUCUGCUGUUAAUCUACUCUCUGUGUAAACAUCUGAAGAAGAUGCAGCUCCAUGGCAAAGGAUCUCAAGAUCCCAGCACCAAGAUCCACAUAAAAGCUCUGCAAACUGUGACCUCCUUCCUCAUAUUACUUGCCAUUUACUUUCUGUGUCUAAUCAUAUCGUUCUGGAAUUCUGAGACGCAACUGAAAGAACUUGUCUUAAUGCUUUGCCAAGCUGUUGGAAUCAUAUAUCCAUCAUUCCACUCAUUCAUUCUGAUUUGGGGGAACAAGACACUAAGGCAGACCUUUCUUUCAGUUUUGUGGCAGGUGACUUGCUGGUCGAAAGGACAGAACCAGUCAACUCCAUAGAUGCACAAGAGGUGCAUUGUGUGUUUUCUAGCAGAAAACAAAUUGAUGGUGUCUGGAACAUUUUAUAUUUCCUACAAGUUUUUCUGUAGUCUGUGUAUUUGAGUAAUUUCCAAAAGUAGACAUAGAAAAGUCGUUUACCUAAGUUUAUUAUAUAAAAGUAUAUAUAUAUAACAUAUAUAUGCGUGUGUGUCUGAAUGUAUAUGAAAAUUUAAUAUUUACCAUAACAUACCUUUAAUCAAUUUUUCAUAUAAACUGUUCAGUUAUACAAAGUAGGAUAAGAAAUUUCUCAGAAUUAUGAACCCAUGUGUAUUUCACACAUAUACUUUAUUAUAUGAUAGUUCAUUUGAGGAAUUUAUGAUCUCUAUUUAUAAUUAAGAACUGACAGCUUAUAUCAGAAAAUCAUUGCUGUUUUUCAUUGUAAUUUGUAUCAUGUAUAUGCACCAUAGUGUGUUUAACUGUUUAACUAUCAUUGUUUGAACCUCUAACUUUUUGGAUGGUAAGGACAUUUAAUUCUAAAUCAAUGAUGAGAAUGUGUCUUUGGGGUAGGUUUUUUUUUUUUUUUUUUUUAACCAUGAAUUCUUUUUUUCUCUUUUCUUUUUUUUUUUUUUGAGAUGGAGUCUUGCUCUGUUGUCCAGGCUGGAAUACAGUGGCGCAAUCUUGGCUCACUGCAAUGUUAACCUCCAGGGUUCAAGUGAUUCCCAUGCCUCAGCCUCGUGAGUGGCUGGGACUCCAGGCAUGCGUGCAUGGCUAAUUUUUUAUAUUUUUCUUUCCUUUUUUUUUUUUUUCAGUAGAGAUGGGGUUUCCCCAUGUUGGCCAGGCUGGUCUGGAACUCUUGACCUCAAGUGAUCCACUGCCUCAGCCUCCCAAAGUGCUGGGAUUAUAGACGUUCAUGAUGAAUUCUUAUUUUAUGUUUAGUAUAAAGCAAAUACAAUUAUUGUUAGAUAACAAUGCACAAAAUGAAAUUCAAGAGUGAAAAAUAUAUCUAGUGUACAUUUUCUUAUGUGUACCAAAAGCAAUACUGAAGAAUAUUAUAUUUAAUAUAGUAUGUUAAUAGCUUAGAAAAAAUCAUUUCUAUAAAAAGGAUGAAGAAACAUGAUCAUGAGCUCUUUUCAGUGCUGUUAUAAGUUUCCAUAUGCAAUUAGAAAAGUCAUCUCUUCCAGUUUUUGAAUUAAACAAAAACUUUUUUGAAGUUGAGAUCUGAUGUUACAUAUUUUAGUUUUUUGUCUAAGCCACCUCUGAGCUCCUGAAUUGUCAGUUUCCUCCUUUAUCUUCCAUCCUUAAAAUUCCUCAAGAAGCUCAAAUUUUCCUUACUUUAAAAAGAAGCUCAAUCUAAAGAGAGUAUAGAAACUAUGGCAUCUAUGAGAUCUAUAUAUUGAUGAUAGGAAAUCUUAAAGAUAUGUUUUAUUAUAAUCUUGGUGUAAAUGAUGAAAUGAGAGAAAGUGUGUUGACAUAUUCACUGAUAGCAAGUUCUAUUACAAGAAGAAAAUGUAUAACCUAGCUCAACAGCUAAAUUCUGUGUGACUGUAUUGAUUUCUGGUGUUACGCAAUUUUAACAAUAUUAUCUAAACCUUAAGAUAAAUCAUCUCCACAUAUGAUUUGUUUGUUUAUCAUAUAUCUUCCCUGGUACAAUGUAAGUACCAUGAAAGUGGAGAUCAUAUAGAUCUUGCUUAGUGUAGACUCCGAGGACAUAAAGAUAGCACAUACAAUAGGUAUUGAAAAACAAUACUUUGAUGAACAAGUUAAUUGGUGAAUGACUGAAUACAUGAACUAUAUUGGGGUGGUGAACCAAUGAAAAUGUAACACAUCACAAAAUCUACAGUUGUGUGAAUAUUUCUGUUCUGGUUUUAGAUUGAAGUUACAGGAUUAUCCAAGAAGAAGAAUUUCUCAGAGCAAAAGUUUGGCUAUUCCACAAUUCUAGGGGAAAUAUCACUGUAAUAUAGCACUGAUGCAGCUAUAUCAGAUGUGUGACACAAAGGCAAAGUGGAAAAUAAAAAGAUGGCAUUUAUUACAAUACUUUUUACUAAGCAUAUAAAAGGUUUUUGUAUAAGUGCACGUAUCUUUUCUAUUGCAAAUGAUAUAUUUAUAUUGUGGUAUUUCUAGCUGGUUAUUAUAUAAACAAAAGUGACAUUUCAUUUAAAAAAAUUUAGUUACCAACUAUCUUAUUAAAAUAUAAUUUUUAGAUAGUAUUUUUAAUAUCCUUUCUAAAUGACCACUUUAAUCACCAUAUUAUAAAC